CUCUCUCUUGUCCCACCCCUCAGCGACAUCUCGACCUCAAGACCGGAAACCUAGGACCGCAAGACCACCGCCGCCGCCACGACUUAUCAUGCCUUUCUUUUCUUCCCUUUCCGCUCCUUCCUCUCCCCGCUCAAUGUGGCCUCUCAAACGCAAUAUCAAGACUCGAUGCUUAGCCGAUGGAGAGGUUAUUUGGUCGCCGGACCUUCAUGCUGCCUUCUUGGAAGCCCUCGCACUAUAUCCUCCGAUGGGUAAGCGUCGAGUGAAGAUGCGGUCUCGCGACAUAGACUCCCCCGAACAACCUAGCCUCGGGCGAUGCCAGCUCAUCCAAGAGUACUUGCACCAGAAGACCGGAAGAACCCGCUCGCGCAGACAGAUCUCAAGCCACCUGCAGCAACUCGCCCUCGUGUACAAGAACGACGUCAAGAUGAAGAGGCUUAUCUAUGGGAGUAACCCUAGGACGAGUGAAGCAUUGCUCCCUGCUGACAGAGAUGCCACUCCUACGCAAGAUUCAUUAUUUCAAAGUACUCAUCCUCAGAUUGUCGUCACACCGGCGGAAGAACUGCCGUUUGUGUUUGGUCCGGGGCCGUCGCAGUCGGAGCCUACCAUUUCUGAAAGCCAUGGAUCCGACACCAAAUCCUCUAUUCAAGCUCACUUCUCGGAACCUCGCUUUGGGGCUAUCCCUGUUCCUACUAGCUCGAACGCGUCCCUGUCGACCCGCCGCAAGACCAACAGACCAGCCUUGCAUAUCGACUUUCUUCCGCCGCCUCGGAUUCAAUCUACGGGCAGGGCCAUCUCAAAGGGUACAAUGCAACCACCUCCCAACCCACCCACCAGCUACUUCUCUGUCCGUACUGGCCUAGCACCAUCUACUGACGCGAGCCGGAUCCCUGUGACGCCCAUCGACCAAAUUAUCCACACGCCUGACAUGCCUCCCGAACUGCCCCGUCGUGCCACCUGCAAGUCCGUGUUUCAAACCACCUCCGAGCAAGGUCACUCCCCCGACAACUUGACUCCCUUGUCACCUUGCGACCUUCAGGCCUGCUACUUUGUCUCUUCACCCAUGUCUAGCGACUCUGGGGCUCCCGCUCUUCUCCAGCCUCACGUGGCCAAUUAUCCUUCUAAGCCUUCUCUUUCGCUCGGCUCUCCUUAUGGGCAUUUUCUCAGCUCUCCUCUCGAAUCCUCCUACUUCGUUUCCCAGGCCCAACCACCCUCUGCCUCACGUCCGUCUCGCAAGGGCAUGAAUCUUCCCAAGCUGAUAUUACAUCGCAAGAAUUCGCCUGUGCCAACUCCUCCGCUUUCGCCUUCGUACUACUACAUGGGACAGACCACCGGCACUCCGGGAUCGGUACGGUCAUUCGAGGAUGCAGUUAUCAGAGCUUUUACGGACUUGCAGUUGGAUUCGCCGCUGAUGAUUAGACCGUUGGGGAAACGCUCGCGGUCUGGCUCGUCGGCCCCGUGUCCUUCUGCAGUCUAGGUGGAUGUCUAGAUUCAAUCACGGGCUAUUUCUGCAUCACUUUCACGUAUCCGCCAACAACCUCGAAUCUCUGUGUCCUUGUACGAGCUCCAAGCUCUGUCUCCCCGAUUUUCUUUCACUCUGUUCCUGCGUCACCUUCGAUACUCCCAACAUCCCGGUCUGGCCCGUACCCUCAGUAUACCUUCUUCACCCAGCGAUACCUGUCUUGUUCAUGGUAUAUUAUAAUAUCCCCUGUCAUCAUCGGAACCCUUACGUCAGGACCUUUCCAGGUACAUCUAUAUUCUUGGGAUACUUAACCACUGUCGUCUCGCUGUCCCUCCCCCUUAGCUUUCCACCGUCUAUUACUUCAAUUCCUAGUACACCACGCUCGCUUACUGUAUUUCUACCUUGUCCAUUGUUAUAAUAGCUGUCACUCGUUUGUUGUAUACCAC